ACAGCUGAUAAAUUUCGCGCCAUUUAUUCGUUGUUUUGUGAUUUAACAAGAGAGAUAAACUUGGAUUAAGGAUUUUAAAAAGCAAUGGCUACUCUAAUAGAACAGCUAAUAACAAAAAUGGGCCUGCGGGAGGAACCAAAUGUGCUGGAGAAAACCACUGAAUUGGUGCGUUUGCUAGAACUGCGAUCUUCAAACGUCCCUCUGCAGAUCAAUGAGUACGGAAAGAUAGUCCUAUGCGCGGACCUUGCGUCCAGCCUUCUGGGCAUCAUGUUUGACAAGGAGCAGGCCCUCAAGUUGUCCGGAUUGCGCAGGAGCCACUACCUCAACAAUAAGCGGAUGUUUGAGAAACUCCUGGACAUGAACAAAGUGGCCAGCGUUAACGAUAUAUGCGUGCAGCUUGGUCUCAACGAGGUUCUUCGUAAGGCAGAGGAGCUUAUGACCCUUUUUAAGGCUGUGGCGGCCACCGAAGACACCGACACCGACACCACCCAUCCGCAGUACGCCGCCAUGGCCGUUUUUCAGGCCUGUCGCCUGCUUAAGAAGAAGGUUUCCAAAUCGAAGCUCAUGCCUUUUAGCAACCUACGGCCCACCCAGUUCCAGCAGCUUGAGCAGCAGUGGGAUCGAAUGAUAGCUAAGCACCACAAGGAGGGAACAGUAUUAGCCAGCUCUGAUCUCGAUGGGAAACUUAAGGAAAGUCAGCAGGAAAAUAUCAAGGGGCAGGAGACAAAGAAAGCACAGAAGCCUCAGGCAGAAGACUACGAAAUAUGGAAAGCGCGAAUGCUGGCCACGGCGCAGGCCAAGCUGAAGCAAUUGGAGGCAUCCCACUCUAACUCGAAUAAUCAGUUCAUCGAGGCUUAG